GGGGACCAAAUGGUGUAAAACUGCGAAAAGGUUUAUUACCGUAUAUACUGUGUAUUAAAGUGACACACAAAAAUUGUCUCCUGUGUCAAAAAAGAAAAGCAAAUAAAUUUGAAAAAUUGUGAUAAAUUUUAAAUUCGAUCAAAUCCGGAACGUAAACGUCUGACAACAAGAAUACUUUUUUUUUGUAGGGAAAAUCGACUACAAAAGUACCAAUUAAAUUUAAACGGAUUUAAAAGGGUUACAAUUCGUUAUUGUGAAAAUCAAUUAAUUUACAGGGAACUGUAAGAAGCAACUAAAUGGAUAUGAAUUUUGCUGAUUUGAAAAAGGAAGCAGCUGCUACCGCUGCGGAUGUUUUUUCUCCUACCGCUGAAGCUGCAAAGAAAGCAACAAAUGACACAUAUGACUUGCUAGGUGGUAGUGGUUGUCGCGCAUCAACGAGCGCACGAGAUGACAACACGCACACGGAACACUACUUUGAAAAUGAGCAGAGGGGUAUUGAUUUUGAACACGUCGAUCCACAAUCUUUCGUACAACUUAUGUCUGCUGGUGCAAAAGAGGCACAGGUGCAGUUGGAUGCCAAGUUCGCACAACGUAAUGAUUUCGACGACUUCUUUUCCAAUGCAUCUAAGGAUUUACAGUCUAUUGGUCAACCGUUGCAACGUGAUUUUAAGCAGAAUGCACAUGAUUUUAUUAAUGCCGAACGUGGGCUCUUUAGGACUCCUGGGGAUAUUGCGGCUCCUAUACCAGCUACAGUUCCACGUGUACACAACCACCCAACUGAGUCAGCUGGCAAGGAAGAAGAUUUAUUAAAUUUCAGUGAUGGCGAUACCACACAACAACGUGCACUUGCGCAACCAUUUUUAGAAGAUGUGGGUAAUAAGUUUGCCCCUUCUGCACCAGCAGCGCCUGCAAUAACCACGAACACUUUUUAUGACGAUGAUCUAGGUGUAGGAAAAUCAACCCAUUCCGCUUCCAAUAAGGACUCGGAUACAGAUUCUCCGUCUUUGUCUUUUAAUCCAUCACCGGCUAAGAAAAAUCCAGUAAUAGCUGCCCUCAAAGAGCUGGAUAAUGAAAAAUUUAUAUCAUCUGAAGAUCUACUGGGGGAUUUCAAAGAAGAGCGUACGGCAACACCUCACUUCCACACUACUGGGAAUACAGCUAAAUCUGAAACUAUAACGCUGGUACAGCUACCGAAAACUUCGGUACCCGUCACUGAUUUAGAUGCAGAAGUGGAGCCUGGGUUUCCUUCUUCACAAGUCGAAGAAGUCAAAAAUUAUGUGUUGUCGAAGGCUACAACCGCGACAGGUACGAAAACAGCCGAUGAAGCUGCCAUUGCAGCUGCAACCAAGCCAGCCGCUGUUACUGAGCCCGCUGGUUCCACCUUAGCCAAAACAUCUUCGAUAUCGCCUAAAAAAGAUACAACUGAAGCAGUCAAAACCAGAAUAGCGUUGCCAGUUCCUACAAAGGAAAACAAACUCUCGCAUCAACAUUUGGAUCAACCCAAGAUUGUUUCUGUAGAAGAAAUUUUCUACAAAUAUGGAUUGGGUGAGUACAACAAAUUUCUACAUACAUACAUGAAAUUUUGUCUAAUAAAGAAUCGUAUUUUCUGGUAAAU